AUGUCCACCCCCUCAUCCUCCACCCGAGCCCCGAGCUCGGGAUCGGGCUCCCAGAUCCUCUCAUCCGUCACCAAGUUCAGAUGUCUAUUCACGUAUGACCUGCGUCGCAAAUCCAAACGCUGGCGAGAUGGAUACCUCAAAUACCACGCGUUCAACAAACGCGUAAUGGUCUAUGAUGAACACGCGAAUUAUGUCGGUGACCACCACUGGCGAUCGGGAGAAGCGGUGCAAGAUGGCGAUGAACUUGAGCUGGAUAAGGGAGUUUUGAUAGAAGUCGGGGAGCGCAUGAGCACCACUCAGACCGAUAUAUCCAAUCUCUUUGAGAAGAGGAGGUCCAGCCAGAAUUCACCUCCGUCUAGGAAUAAUCAUGCCGGUCCAGAUGCCCAGGCGCCCCGUUCCACGACCUCGACCCCCGCGGCCUCUGCCUCUACCUCUACGCCUAUCCGGCCGACGAUUUCGUCGCAACCCUUCCGCUCAUUAAACGAUCUGCUUGGGAUUAAAAAGGGGCCACCUGCACAAACGGGACCGCCUGCACAUAUUUUAUCACCGUACGAGCAACGACAUCGCGCUCCGCUUCCCCCUCCGUCUCCGCCCAAGCCAGAUAUUCGACAGCCUUCUGAGCUCGAGCGGGCACCAAAGCGACAAAAGGUGUCAACGGGAAUAAAAGCGUCUCAUGAUGUUCAACCGGACGUUGUCGAUCUGACAGAAAUCGAAAAUGCACACAAAAGUCCACCCCGGGAAACAGCCCGGCCAUCGAAAGCUGUUUCAAGUAUGCCACCGCCGCGAGAGAAGCCGAAGCCUGCGAAUACAAACAGACCAGCAAUACCGGACCCUCCGAUCGUAAAUUCGAUUCGACCAUUACUGCCAGAGCCUCCGACGACCAACGCGCCCAAACAAGCAUCUAAAGAAACACCCAAAGAUGAUGCCGUAUCCAAGGAAAACCCAACGCGGCAACCUGAAGAGCAAAAUCAACGAAGUAGCGAAUCCAUUGUAUCAGAAAAUGGACAGUCCCAAGCGUCUGCGAGCAUUCCAUGGAUGCCGAUGCAGAGGACCCGAAACAAAUUCAUGUACGGUGCCAUUCUGCAACGACAGUCAUCCGUGACAUCCGCGGAGAAUAGCCAGCCUGCUUCGAAGCCCGUGAAGCCAAAGUACGUCCGUACGCGACCGUCAAAAGAAUGUCAAACUGAUUAG